ACUGUUAAUCUAAAUUCACACACACUUGUUUACUUCGCGGCUGAUAUAAACAUGUGAGUCCCCCGUCCACGGCAGUUGCGUUCCGAUUCAGAAACUGAACCGUGCCGAGUCUAACUAAAAUAACCAGUUCACAGAAAGUCGGUUUGUUGAAUGGUCUCACCGAUCACAUGAGGAUGGCACCACUGCAUGAAACGCCGUUAUUCGUGUCAUAACAAGUUCAAAUUUGAACGGGUGAAUGUCUACGGACGCGCUAUUAUUUUUUUAUGCGUAAAGUAUUUAACCACCUAAUAAAUUAAAAUGACGAAUAGAAAAAAUGAUGAAUAUGUGAACGUUUGUGUGAGAAUCAAGCCAAAUUUAAAUACUGACUCCUCCAUUACCUCAACAGCGAAAUGUGUGGAGCUCAUUAAUAAUGACGAACCGAUACUGUUGGUACCAGAGAGAGGCCAGGUCUACAGUUUCGACCGGGUCUUUACCGAGAGCGACACACAGAAAGACAUAUUCGAUGCAAUCGUAAAACCACUAUUCGAUCGAGUACAAGGCGGUUAUAAUUGCACCGUAUUCACUUAUGGUCAAACUGGAACAGGCAAAACUUAUACAAUGGGUACCAGUUGUGAUGUCAAAGCAGGACUAGCAUCACCGGACGAUGAAGGUUUGAUACCAAGAACUUUGAAUGCUUUUCUAGAAGCCAAAGAAGAUUACGACGUCGACAUCUACAUUUCAUUUAUGGAGAUUUAUAAUGAGAAAGUUUUCGAUUUAUUGACUGCAAGAGAUCCUAUUGGGCCUUUAGUUGUCAAGGGAUUUAAAGUUUGUGGACUGAGUCGGAAGAAAGUGUUUAGUGUUUGUGAUGCAAAUCACUUUCUUAGAGUGGGCAACAAGAAGAGGCACACUGGUGAAACGAAACAAAAUCUUAACAGUUCCAGAUCUCAUGCCAUUUUCACUAUUUAUUGUGUCAAAAGAGAUAGUAUGUCAGAAUGUGUAGCAAAAUUGAAUCUGGUUGAUUUGGCGGGGUGCGAAAGUGUCCGAAAAACUGGAACCAAAGGUAACUCCUUUUAUGAAGGGAUAAAUAUUAACAAAGGUCUACUUUCGAUUGGACAAGUCAUAAGUGCUCUGAAAUCCAAUUCCAAUUAUAUUCCAUACAGACAAAGCAUCAUUACAACCAUUUUACAAGACUCACUGAACAAAGAAAAUUACGUAUCUUUGAUCGCUUGUGUGAGCAGCAGCGUCAACGAUACACACGAAACGGUGCAAACACUGGAGUUUUCUCACCGUGUAAAGAAAAUAAAAAAUAAUCCGCAGGUGAACAGAUUACUUUCACAGUGCGAUACUCCAUUCAAAAGGUUUGCAUCGACGCCGCUCUCGCAUUUACGACAAUCAACGGCAAAGAAACCAAAGAUGAUCGCUGCGCUGGAUCCCAUCAGAGAACCCAUUGGUGGGAACAGUACUGCGAUCAGCGAAAACGCGAAGACGUUCUCGUUGUCAGAGUCGUCAAUUUCGAGCGAAACGACGUCACAAUUCAGUCCGAUUAUCAAAAGAUACAUGGUCGGCUUGGAAAGUCGAUUGAAGAACAUCAUUGAGGAAACCAUUCAAAGUGUAAAGGGGAAAUCCUCGGUCUGGCUAAUGGAGCAAAAUACUCCGAAAAUCGAGAGUCCAAAAUUUUCUUUGAAUGAUUUACAGUCGACCGUUUCUCGGUUGGUUCAAAACGAAAUGCAGCAGUUAAAUACUGCUAUAACUACAAGAGCUGCAAGUAGUCCCGUCAAUAACGACAGUAACAUUAAAAGGGUUUUGUCUUAUGACAGUCCUGUUUUGGACGAUAUGAAAAAGGACGGUGAAGUCAAUCAUAUUUUUAAAGCACCCGAACUCUUGACAAAAAAACCGACUAGAAGAAGUACUAGAUUAUCGUUGAAACGAGCUUCGAUAUUGAGUCGAAACGAUAAUACAUUUACAGAGGAGAGUUUUGUGAAAAUAAAAUCACCACCACCAACGCUACCAACAUCGACGGUUGUUUUGAGGAGAAGCACAAGAUUGUCAUUGAAAAAUAAUUUUAAAAGUUCGUCAAAUAUAUCCAUGAUUGAUACAACACUGGUUAAUGAACGAAAACUGAGAGAAGAAUCAAUAUGUGGAGUUAAUUCGAUGCAAAUUGGCAAUACCACUCCACAUGUUACUAAUAUUAAUAGUUUUUCAGAAGAGUUUAAAUCUCUACCCAACAAAUUUAAUAUUCAGAAACCUAGGAAAACACCAGCUGUUGUUAAAAGAAAGAAGAAGAAUAAUAUGAAUGAAGAAAGUGACCCACAAACACGAUUAACGAUUCAUAAUAGGAAUAUUCUGAAUAUUUUAAACAACGGUUCACAGAGAGAAUUAGAAACAUUACAUUCAGUAGGUGCUAAAUCUGCUCAACAAAUAAUUUUGUAUAGGCAACUUAAAGGACGUUUUGCCAAAAUUGAAGAUUUGAAAGCAAUCCCGGGUUGGACUAACAAAAAAUUUGACAAGUUUAUGAGCAUUAAUUUUUUAUCGUAAUUUAAGAUUUUACCGUUUGAAGAAUUUAAUUUAUUUUGUUAGAACGAUGAGAAGUGUCUUUUGUGCUAGUCAUUUUACAUCCUAAAUCAUUUUUAGUUGAGUUAUUUUUAUCAUUUAGAGGAGCUGUUUCAUUUGUUGUAUUUUAGUUGAUAAAUUAAUUAAUUAAUCAUUUUAAUUUAA